GCCAUUGUUGCCUAUAAAUGCUCCCCCACUUGUUCUCGAUCUUCAUCCAGACCCAACUUCAACUUGCCUUUCUUCUCUCUUCUCUCUCACUCCAGAGCUUGCCUGUCCAUUACAGGCAAGCCUUUCAAAAAGAGAGAAAGGAGAAGGAUAUCUGGGGCGAGUGCACACGUUUCAUCAUGGGGAAGCAACAAAUUCAAGUGUUGAAUGCGUUAGACGUGGCACAAACACAAUGGUACCAUUUCACUGCAAUCAUCAUAGCAGGAAUGGGCUUUUUCACAGACGCGUACGACCUCUUCGCGAUUUCCCUUGUCACCAAACUGCUCGGCCGUAUAUACUACCAGGAGCCGAAUUCUCUCAAACCUGGGACACUGCCUCCCAACGUGUCGGCUGCAGUGAAUGGCGUGGCCUUCUGCGGCACGCUCUCUGGGCAACUCUUCUUUGGCUGGCUGGGCGACAAGCUCGGCCGAAAAACUGUCUAUGGAAUGACUCUGUUGAUGAUGAUCGUCUGUGCCCUUGGCUCUGGCCUUUCCUUCGGACACACUCCUAAAUCUGUCAUCACUACUCUCUGCUUCUUCCGCUUCUGGCUUGGCUUUGGCAUUGGCGGAGACUACCCACUAUCUGCCACCAUCAUGUCCGAAUACUCUAACAAGAAGACUCGUGGUGCUUUCAUUGCCGCCGUUUUUGCAAUGCAGGGUUUCGGGAUUUUGGCCGGUGGCUUGUUUGCAAUGAUCAUUUCAGCUGCGUUCAAGUCCAGGUUUGAUGCUCCUCCUUACCAGGUUGAUCCAGCCGGGUCAACGGUUCCUGAAGCAGACUUCGUUUGGAGGAUAAUUCUAAUGGCGGGAUCGGUGCCGGCUGCAUUGACUUAUUAUUGGAGGAUGAAGAUGCCAGAGACCGCUCGUUACACUGCACUUGUAGCCCAGAACGCAGAGAGAGCAGCGGCUGAUAUGUCGAAGGUUUUGCGGGUGGAGAUUCGAGCUGAUCAUGAGAAGAUGGAGAAGAAGACUACUGAUCAGACAAAGGCCAAAUCAUUUGGAUUGUUCUCCAAGGAGUUCCUGAUUCGCCAUGGCCUUCAUUUGCUCGGAACCUCGAGCACGUGGUUCUUGCUUGACAUUGCAUAUUACAGCCAAAACCUCUUCCAGAAAGAUAUAUUCAGUGCAAUUGGAUGGAUUCCUCCCGCUAAAACCAUGAGUGCCCUUGACGAGCUUUACUCCAUUGCCAGGGCUCAGACGCUUAUUGCUCUGUGCAGCACAAUUCCAGGCUAUUGGUUCACAGUGGCUUUCAUUGACAGAAUAGGAAGAUUCACUAUCCAACUGAUGGGGUUCUUUUUCAUGACGGUGUUCAUGUUUGCUCUGGCCAUUCCUUAUCACCACUGGACUCUCAAGGACAACCGAAUUGGAUUUGUGGUACUGUACUCCCUGACUUUCUUCUUUGCAAAUUUCGGGCCUAAUGCUACAACAUUCGUUGUGCCGGCAGAGAUUUUCCCGGCCAGAUUCAGAUCAACGUGUCACGGCAUAUCAUCAGCAUCUGGGAAGCUGGGGGCAAUUGUUGGAGCAUUUGGGUUCUUGUAUCUGGCACAAAAUAAGGAUCCCAGCAAGGUAGAUGCAGGGUACCAUCCUGGUAUUGGGGUUAGGAACUCGUUGCUUGUGUUGGGCGUGAUUAACGCUUUAGGAUUCCUUCUCACUUUCUUGGUGCCUGAGGCAAAGGGGAAAUCUUUGGAGGAGAUGUCUGGUGAGAAUGACGAAGGAGAUGAAAGCAGGGUGGAGGCAGAACAACCCCAUGGUUACAGUAACAAAACUGUUCCUUGUGCUUAGGUUUGCCUGGUCCUUCAAUAUCAAUGUUAUUGUUAUUAAUAGAAUAAAGCUGUGUGCACGGUUACGGCAGGGGAAGAUCUAUAAUUCCUCUUGUUGGCGACCUCAUGAAAUGUUUUCUUGUAUCCUAAUGUAAUGAUAUUCGAAGGGUGAAAUUAUGUAUAAUAGGGCUGUGUGAAUCCAAUUCCAGUUGUUAAUUGGCAUG